AUGCGUGCUUUGCCCUUCCUAACUACACCCCCUCUCCCCGUACCUCCUCGCCUCUCCCCCCGUACCUCCUCGCCUCUCCCCCCGUACCUCCUCGCCUCUCCCCCCGUUCCUUCCCCCCAUUUUACUUUCCCCGCCCCUCCCCUAGCGCGCCAGCAGAGCCUGCCCCCGCUGCUGCUGUUCCUGGGCUUUGUCUUCUUCCCCGCCUCGCUGCUUGUGGGGCCGCCCUUCCCCUUCGCUGCUUACCAGGACUACGUCGAGGGAAGAGGGGUGAGGCAGAGGGGAGGGGGGCAGAGGGUGGGAUUGGUGGGAGGGGUGGGAGGGGUGACAAGGGUUUUCUUCCCCGCCGCCCUGCUCGUGGGGCCGCCCUUCCCCUUCGCUGCUUACCACGACUAUGUUGAGGGACAAGGGGUGAGAGGGGUGAGAGGGGUGGGAGGGGUGAGAGGGGUGGGAGGGGUGAGAGGGGUGGGAGGGGUGAGUGAGAGGGGUGAGAGGGGUGGGAGGGGUGAGAGGGGUGGGAGGGGUGAGAGGGGUGGGAGGGGUGCGGGAGGCCCCCGUCUUUUCCCCUCCUCCAUUUCCCCGUUCCAUUCCUCCCCUCCAUCCCGUCUCGACCCCCCACUGGCAGCACUGGUCCGCGCUCUACCCUCACAAGCACGCACCCGCACCAGCCGGCCCUGCCUUUCCUCCACGUGUGCUGCCAGCGUGCCGCGCGCUGUGCAAGGCGCUGCUGUGCCUCGCCGUCUACCACUCUCUCUCCCUCCUCCUCCCGCCCUCUGCGCUCACCCAACCCGCCUUCUUCGCGCGCCCCUUCCUCAUCCGGUGGAUGCACGUGCUGCUGUUGAUGCCCGCUGGGUGUGCUACCUCAUCUGGGCCGUCUGUUACCAUUCUCAACAAUCCAUCCCAUUGGGCAGGUGCGCACAGGUGGCUUUAACCCUCCUGGCGUACCGCUGGAUGUUCUACUUCAUCUGGGCCGUCGCUGAGUGCGCCCUCAUCCUCUCCGCCUUUGGCUUCUCGGGCUUUAAGCCCUCCAGGACACGCCACGAAGAGGGUGGCCGGGAGGGGGGAGAUGGGGAGGGUGAGGAAGCAGAAGGCGGGCAGAAGCAGCAGAAGCGGCUGGAGGCAGACUGGAGCGGGGCGAGCAACGCGCACAUAUGGGUGGUGGAGGUCACGGGGAGUGCGGCACAGCUGCCAUCCAACUGGAACAUCGGCGUCAGCAACUGGCUGCGCACCUAUGUGUAUGACCGCAUGACCCCCCCAUCAGGAAAGCCCAACCUCACAACUCUCCUUGUCACACAAGCUGUCAGCGCACUGUGGCAUGGUCUGCAUCCGGGCUACUACCUCUUCUUCCUAUCUGCCGCCCUUGCUCAAGACGCCUCCAAAUUGCUACACCGUCUGCACCAGUCAAUUCCACCUCACAGGCGGUGGCAGCGCAGCAUGGCAUGGGUAGCCCAGAUGCUGUACACGCGUGUGCUCGUGGGGUACGCACCACUGGGCUUCAUU